AUGCUGUCAUCCGACGAGAGCAUCGAGGAUGAGGAUGUCGAUGCUGGACUGAGUUUUGACAUGAUGAACACAACGCUACAGCCACACGAGGAUGCGUCGAAACAAAAUUCGAAUGAAAAUGCGCUCGAGGCUUGGAUACAAGAGCAUACGGAAAGCGGGUCGCCUUACAACGACAACUAUGAGAUCAGCAAGAGGGUCUACAUGGCAACCAAGAGCACCAAGGUCGACCUGUCGAAGAUGGGACUGCGGGAGCCGCUGCCGUCGGAGGUGUACACGAUUCGCCACAUCAAGCAGAUGUUUCUCAACGACAACAACCUUCUCAAAGUCUCGCCCCUGAUAGGAUGCCCGAGGAUGGAGCAUCUGAUCCAGCUCAACCUUGAGAACAACUGUCUUGUUGAAAUCCCUGCGAGCAUCGGAAACUUGACCAACCUAGUCUUCGCAUCGCUUCAUAAGAACCAGAUCCGGGCAGUUCCUGACACUUUGGUGUCCUUAACAAAACUGCAAAGAAUGACGCUUUAUGACAAUCAGAUCGAAAAACUUCCUGACACAUUCUACCUUCUGAAACAUGUGAAAGAAAUAUCGUUUCUGGACAACCCUCUGCAGUACCCCAGAGUUACAUGGCAGGUGGAGUACGACGGCAAGUUCUUCAUCUCCCUAUACAAGUUGCGGGAGGCAUUGAAGAGCUCUGGCGCUACUAAACAUUCCAUGUACACCAAGGAGGAAGAAGUUGUCUCUGCCGCACGGACACGAUUGUUCGACUACCUCGAGAGAUUGCAAACAUCGCGAUCAACCAAGUCCCUCAGCCUCGAUGAUUUGGGCCUGUCAAGGAUUCCAGAGGAGGUUCUGCUCCUCACAUUUCUUACCGACUUGUCGCUGGCCAGGAACGUCAUAACCAGCAUCCCUCCCAAGAUCCGCAACCUUGGGAACUCACUCGUGAAGCUCGACUUGUCUUACAAUCGUCUCUCUUCCCUCCCUAUGGACCUCAGGUUUCUUACUCGGCUGGACGUGUGCGAUCUGUCGGGAAUGGACAUGGAGUUUGUGCCCAAGGUCAUCAUGAUUGCAGGCAUCAAGAACGUUCGGAGGUAUGUCGACUCGCUGCACCUUGCUCGAGACUCGGGGAUGCUGGACUUGUCGGGCAUGAAACUCUCACACAUCCCCGACGACGUCUACCUCAUGACCAACCUGACGGAGCUCCGGCUCAACGACAACCUCAUCUCUCAUGUCCCUCCCCGCAUCUCCGUGCUUGAGAACUUGAAGAACAUCUUCUUGGACUCUAACCCCCUCAAGAAUCUUCCCCAGGAGUUCGAGCGGCUCGGCAAGAUGGAACGAAUAUCGCUCCUUGGCUGUCCAAUCCGCGAGUUUCCCCUCGAGCUGUGCAGGAUGAAGAGUCUGCGGGAGAUCCGUUCCUUUUCGCACAACCUCGUCUCCAAGGAUUCAGAGCGCAUCUCGUCCGAGGUUGUUAUUCGCAACACCCAGAACCUCAUGGAGCAGUUCAGGUACAUGAUCACGGCGUACGAGACAAACUCUCUCAUCCUCUCCGACAUGUCUCUAGUCUACUUCCCCAUCGAAGCCUUCUACAUCACCAACUUGACCACCCUCGACAUCUCCAUGAACGACUUUGUCUUCGUUCCAAACUUCAUGGGGAACCUCCAAAAUCUCAAGACCCUCCGCCUGGACUUCAACUUGUUCUCAGCUCUCAGCUUCGACUGGAGCUCUAUGGAGCUGCUCGAGAGCUUGCAUCUAGAGCACAACCAGCUGGAGGAGCCGCUCUCCGAGACCUUCGGGAGGAUGACAAGCCUGCAGGAGCUCAUCGCCAACAACAACAAGAUUUCUCAGCUCCCGAGCAGCAUGUCCGGCUGCGUCAAUUUGACCACUCUGGUUUUGAGCUUCAACAACAUCGUGGAGCUGCCGAUGCUCUCGUACUGCUCGCGGCUUCGAUAUGUUGACCUCCGGCACAACCGCCUCUCGCAAGUUCCCGCCAUGUCGUUGGCGCGAGCAAGCAAGCUGCAGUUCCUUGACCUCUCUUUCAACGUCAUCGUCUCCUUCCCUCCCUGCGGGUUCAUCGACCUUGACAGAUAUACCAAGGGAACGCAGGAGCUUGAGGAGUUUCACUUGGACAAGCUGAUCAGCAUGCACUACAGCGGCGAGCAGAAACUGAUCGAGGUGGGCCAGCAGCAUCAGCCGCUGAUGUGGGGCGAGGAGCUUAAAAGUCUUCGCCUGCACGGGAACAGGAUCACCGUCCUCCCUUGGGACCUCUGCUGCCUGACAAGCAUCGAAGAUCUCUCCUACGACCCGGAGAUGAUCUUCAUCCCGACGCAAGAGGUGGUGAUACGAGGAUGGGGCCUCGUUCGCUCAUACCUCCGCCGCUGGUUCGACUCCUCCCGCUUCUCGGACCUCAACCUCUCUUCCUUCAACCUGCUCUUCGUUCCCUUGGAAGUUUUGCUCCACUCGUCCCUCACCCGCCUCGACCUCUCUCACAACCGUCUCUCCGGCACUCUAGAUCCCAACCUCUCCCUCCUCGUCAGCCUGCGUGAGCUCGAUGUCUCGAACAACUUGCUGGUGGACCUCAGUGACAAACUUCUCUUCCUGACCAACCUCUGCGACGGCUGGCAGCUCGGAGACCCUCUUGACAGCAAGGAGGCGGAGUUGGCGCGAGGAGGGUUGCGCUGGCACAACAACAGAUGGCGAUCUCCUCCACUUCCUGUUCGUCUCAAGGGAACUCGCUACAUCUUUCAGUUCGUCCACAUGUUCCAUCAGAUCCCUCAUUCUCGUCGCCUCGCCCUCAACGGCAUGGACCUGCGCCACUUCCCCUAUGACAUCUUGUGCUUCACGAGCCUGACAUGUCUCGAUCUCAGCGACAACAACCUCUCAGUCCUCCCUCCCUCGCUCGUUCGCCUCGUGCAUCUGCAGGAGCUGCUCGUGCAGAAGAACAAGAUCUCUUACGUCCAUCCUGACCUCGGCAGCCUCCGCCGCCUGGAGCUGCUGGAUGUUCAAGACAAUCACUUGGAAAUUCUCCCGCACGAGCUCUGCCUCAUCGCCUCUCUUUCCUCCAUUCUCUACUCCGGCAACAACAUGGGAGGCCCUCCGGAAGGUCUCAAGGUCCGACCGGAGGCGCUGCUGCAGCAGGUGAAGGAGGAGGGGGGGAGCAGCUGGAUGGAGGAGAUCAUCUCCUCCGGUGCCCUGCCCGACGCCACGGUUGUCUACCUUCGCAACUUCUUGACUGCAAGGGGCAACGCGAAGCUGGGGGUGCCAGCUGGGCUUCACCUGGACCUGCGAUGUCUAUCGAUGACUUUCCUUCCUCGAGAGGUCAGCGACCUGGUCUGGUCCUCGUCCAUGCACAAGAACGAGGACAUGACCUCCUUGACUCACCUCAGCUUCGACGGGAACCCUCUCGCUGAUCUCCCCGCGCAGGUCAGAGGAUGGACUCACGUUCGCUCCAUCUCCCUCAACAACUGCCUCCUCCGCUCCCUCCCCGACUGCAUCGCCGACAGCUCCCUCCUCCCUCACCUGGCGACGUUGGAGGCCAACGACAACGCGCUGAGAGUCUUUCCUCUCUUCGACGGCUGCUGGGAGAGCCUGACGCAUCUCUACCUCGAUCGCAAUGAGUUUACAGCUCUUCCUCCUCGCUUCGGCUCCCUCACUUCCUUGAGGGUCCUCAGCCUGCGACGCAACAAGCUCGACACUCUACCUCCUUCUUUCUGGCGCCUCAAGCUCCUCGUCCUCCUGCGGCUGGAAGGGAACAACCUCCAGCGACUGCCCCCCGAGCUCGGCGCUCUCUCGUGCUCGUUCCCUCCCCUCGAGGAGAUUGAGAUGCGCGAGCAUCUGCUCAGAGGUGGGCCCCUGCUGGACUAUGUUCUUCGUCCUCCUGGUUCGCCGUUGCCGAAGUUACCGGAGGACAUGAAGGGCAAGUCAGAAUGGCAGAAGUUUGUGGGCGGCAUGCGGAAGGAGGGAGAGAGCGAGUACGGGAGGAUGCAGCUGCUGCAGGCGGAGGACAACGAAAGGAUCUGGUCGCCUCCUCCUGAAGUCAUUGAGCGAGGGGGACGAGUCGUCUCGCGGUACCUCCGCGCGCUCUUUGACUGCAGGCACAGCAACAGCCUUGACCUUCACGACUUCUCCCUCCUCAGACUCCCUCCUGAGACCCUCGAGUUCGCAUGGAGCCUGCAAAGCCUCUGGCUUAGCUACAAUCACCUCGAGACGCUUCCGGUCUGCAUCGAGGAGCUCACAGCGCUAAAGACUCUUCACCUCCACCACAACCGCAUCGAUCGUCUCCCUCCCACCCUCGGCCUCUGCCUUCUCCAGCUGACUGACCUUGACAUCUCCCACAACCGGAUGAGCAAGAUUCCUCUCGAGUUCGCCAACCUCAAGAGCCUGGAGCGCUUCAACAUCCGCGACAACCCCUGGGAGAUGAUCCCGGAGGAGCUCGUCGACAUCAGCAUCCACCUCCUCCUCAAGUUCCUUCAGAACCUCAAGGAAUCGGUACACGGCGAGCUCGACAUGCGAGACUUCGGGCUGACGACUAAGGGGAUGAUGUAUGUGAGGAGAGGACUACCCGAGCCGCUCCUUGUCCAUACUGCUCUCUUCGACGGCAACAGCAUCACCCGCAUCCCCAAGUCCUUCCACGUCUUGACCAACUUGACUCGACUGAGUUUGGAGAAGAAUCAGCUGGACAGGCUGCCGGACUGGAUCCCGAUGCUGCAGCAGCUGGUGUUUCUUUCUGUUUCUAAGAAUCGACUGCAAGAAGUCGAGAGCUCUCUCUCCGAGUGCUCCAAGCUCGAGAAGCUUUUCCUCGACAGCAACUUCAUUCGCUUUCUCCCCACCUCCCUCGGCAGCCUUCGACAUCUGUCAGUCCUCCGGCUUGACUGCAACAAACUUCUAGUCGUCAACCCUUCUCUCAGCUUCGUUUCCUCUCUGAUCAGACUAUGGCUCCCGCUUACAGAGACGACGAUGCUGCCGCCAGAGCUCUGCUACCUGACGAACCUCAGGGAGCUCAAGCUCGACAACUCUCCUCUCAAAUCUCCUCCCACUGAAGUUCUCGUCGGAGGGUGUCAGAACGUGCUGUCCUACCUCUCAAAGCUUCAGGCGGGCAAGGAAGCGAGUCAGAUUGAUAUCUCCGGCUUCUCGCUUCUUGCCGUUCCGUUUGAGGCUGUCAUCGUCGGCGGCGGAAAGCUUGCUUAUCGCCAUAUUGGAACUCCAAAGGGUCGCACUCCUCACUGGGAGGAGCCUCUGGACCCUCUCCGUCUGGUGGGCCCGUACGACGAGCUCCCCACCCCUUCCAUCGACCGCUACCCCGUCCACUUCCUCGGCAAUCUGGUCAACCUUCAGCCCUUCAAGGGUGUCCUGCAGUCUCUCUCCGCCAAGAACAACGUCAUCUCAGAGCUGCCGGCCAAGUGCUUUCCUCGAUGGCAGGUGUUGACAUGGUUCACUGUGCACCUCGUGGUUGAGGAGAUGGCGCAGACAUGCUUGAGAGAGCUGUUUCUUGACAACAAUCAGAUCUCGAUCCUCCCCUUUGAGAUGCACACGCUAGACAUGCUUCAGUCUUUCACUAUUGUAAGAAGACAGGCCAACAUGUCACUCCUGUUGUUUCCAACUGAAUUUGUGGAUGACCCGCGGUUCUCUUACAACAUCAAAUACCUGGAUUUGUCGGGCAAUCAGAUCACUACGAUCAAUCCAAGAAUACACAACAUGACAGCGCUGGAAACUCUCCACCUGGAACGCAACAGCAUUGAUCGUCUCCCCGACACUCUCUUCCAUUGCACCAACCUGACAGAACUUUGUGUCGAUGACAACAAACUCCUGGAAGUGAACAAGUCAAUUGGCAACUGCUCAAGGCAAGUCUUGUCUCGGUCUUGCUCGGUUGGCUUACCCGAUGCGCAAAGCAGAAUCAUCUCGCUAUCCCUCAAUGGGAACAGGCUUGAGAACAUUCCCGAAGAGCUCGGAAGGCUGACAGGGAUGACGAAGCUUGCCCUCGGCAACAAUCGUCUGAAACUCGGAACUGCUUGGUGGUUGGCCGGACUGAUUUCCCUUGAGGUCGUUAUCGGCAUGUUGACAAGGCUCGAUGAUCUUCGACUGCACAACAAUCCGCUGAAAGAUCCACCUAAGAACAUCAUCGUUGGUGGUAUCAAAUCCAUCCGAGACUACUUGUCCUACAACAUCGUCUACGAAUUCGAUCAGGUCCAGAACGCAGCUCGACACUGCGAGUAUCAAGUCACAUCAACAGCUCCGACGGAUGCGAGAGGAGCGUAUCACUUUGGGAAUGCUCUUGACGGCGGGGCAAACCGCAGCACGUUCUGGAUGUCAAGUCCCGGGGUCGACAGCGUGGUCGUCGAGGUCAACCUGGGGACCAAAUUUUCACUGCAGCGAAUCGAGCUGCACUGGCGCUCAAACUUCUCAGCUAGGUGCUACACAGUCCAGUUAAGCGAAGAGGGGCGUCAAUGGUUUCUCGUCCAUCGAGGUGUUUCCAUGGAGGAAAGCGAGGAAGGGAAGGUGAAGGAAGAGGAGGAGCACGUCACACACGUCUAUGCGGCCUACGGGACGGACAGGGUCGACACGAUCAUGCUUCGAGACGAGAGCUCGAUGAUGAUCCGAUCAGCUCUGCCCUCUACUGGAGUCCAGGCAAGACAAAUCUCCUUCCCCUCCUCUGCUGGCCCUGACGGCUCUGCAGUGGGUGCGCGUUCAGAUGACGAGAAGAUGGUUCAACAGGUGGACUUUGUUGUUCACUCCUUGCAACGCCUGACCGAGCGAGAUGGCAGUUACCGGCUGAACCAGCUGUAUGCAUGGGGCGAUCGGGUGGAAGGCGCCUCCUUCGUGACAGGAGCUGGUGAGGAUGGAACGCUCUCGUUCAAAGAUGCAUGA